UGAACCACUCCUACCAAAUGAAGUUGGCCUGACACCAUAUAUAAAGUAGGCAACAAUUACAUUGAAGACAUUUGUGUUGUAUAAUCUGCAUAAAAAACCAAGAAAGUGUGAAAGACAAGAACUAGAGUAUAAUGGAGUUCAAAGAGGCACAACUAGAUGAUUUCAUCCAACACGAACAUCCACUCAUUCUCGAAGACUUGCAAUCAAUGUUUCAAGACUAUAAAGAAGAUGAUGACGAAGUUGAUGACUCGGAUUUGAUCCACGCACAAAACUUUGAGAGCAAAUGUGUCAUUUGUGGAUUAGGAAUCGACUGGUACCACCGAUAUUACUACAAGUGUAGCCAGUCAUCAUGUUCCUACUCGCUCCACAAAUCCUGUCGAGAAUUGUCCACAACCUUUCGAUUCCCAGCGCACCCUAUCCAUACUCUUCUCCUUAAAAAAAUGUCAUAUUCUUGGAGUUGUAGUAGUUGUUCUACAAGACAUGAAGGCGGUAUUUGUUAUCGUUGUUCAACAUGUGAUUAUAAGAUCGAUCCUCGUUGUGCAACCUUUUCGGAGCAAACUAUGACGAUUCAUCAUCCUGGCCACCCACACCCACUAAUUUGUGUUACCCUUGAACCUACUUUGAGCUAGUGUCAUUCUUGUGGGAAAGAACAUAAUAAAGGGGUUUUCUAUCAUUGUAUCACUUGUUUUAGUUUCUCAAUCCACAUUGAUUGCGUCACCCUUCCAUUCAAGUUUGGUACAGACCAUCAUGUUCAUAUGCUUACUCUUUCAUGUUUUUCGGAUCUGCCGGAUUAUAUCAAAUGCAGGAUCUGUGAAGGGAACUUUGACAACAAAUUUUGGAUAUACCAGUGUAGUAAAUGCCGGUUUUACAUUCAUCUACAUUGUAAAACAUCAAGGGGGGAUAUCUUCUCAAGAGGAAUAGGCACAAGUGAUACAAAUUUUGAAGCUGCUGAUUAUCCUAACCUUCUCCGUUACCCGCUCCCUGAUGAAUCCCACCACAUCUUACCCCGCCACGUUGUUAGAGAACACUGUGAUCAAAUCACAUUGAUCGAUAACAACGAUAAGGGGUUGUACAGAUAUUCCAAUCAUGAACACCCGUUACUCCUUAUCAAUGCAGCUGAUCCAAGUAUGUUACACAACCCAAUGAAGAGGAUUAAGUUAGUAUGCAAUGGGUGUGUGAAGCCGAUUACAACAACGCCGUUUUAUGUGUGCAAUCAUGGUUGCGAUUUUCUUCUCCACGAGUGGUGCACCAGACUACCUUGUGCCCUUGAAAACCAUCCAUGCCACCCACAACACAAGCUUGUCCUCUUUUUCUCCACAACUGGCACGCGGCUUGUAGAGUUCCGGUGCAACAUUUGUGGAUUAUCUUGCAAUGGAUUGGGAUACAGCUGUUCCAUGUGCAACUAUAGAGUCGACGUGCAUUGUGGAUUUAUACCAGAAAGAAUUACGCAUGAAGCACAUCCGAAUCAUGUACUUUCAAGACUAGAUCAUGAUGCAUACAGGUUAUGUAAAGCUUGUAAUGUUUCCACUAGAGGGUUCUUUUUUGGAUGUAGCAUUUGUGAUUUCUACUUGGAUAUCAAGUGCGCUUUGCAUUUGCCGAAAAGAAUCAAGAACAAGUAUGACAAGCACCCCCUUGAGUUAAGUUACUUCCCAAUCGAGAACCACAAGAGUGAAUACUUCUGUGAAGUUUGUGAAGAAGAGCUUAUUCCUGAAAUAUGGUUCUAUCACUGUCAAGCUUGCGGCCAGUCAAUACAUUCUGCUUGUGCCCCGCUUAUUCUCCAGUCCGAACAAGAUGUUAAUUCUAUCGAUCAUCAGAAAGGCGUGUAUCAAUUACUUAAUAUCAAGUUUUGGGGUUUGUAUGCUACUUCAGAUCACGAGCAUCCUUUUUCGUACCUUGCGGGAUCUGUAAGUGACGGUUGCUGCAAAUAUUGUGGUCAUAAAUUGCAAUCCUCAUCAAUUAUCAAGUACUUGACAUGCAAAAUUGGUUUUCAUGUCCAGUGUAAGAUCUGGGAUACACUUGGUUGGAAGUAUGAAGAGCAUGUGGUUAGUUACGGUUAUGAUAGAUAUAGAUAUUCUCCAUUUAUUGUAAAGCCUGUAACUUUCUAUCCAAGUGAAGUUAUGAGACCCGUGACACAGGACAUAGGAAAGUACUGUAUGAUAAUAGACACACGUAAAAUAAUGUAAUAAUCACUUUUAUUCUUUUUUAUUACUAU